GUGAGGCUCCGGGGCGCGGCAGACUGGAAAGUUAUGGCUGGUUCCCCUUCUCUGGCAAACUCCUCUACUGCUUGUUCGUGUAAACACCAGGGCGAGUGGAGCGAGUCCUCGCUGCUGGAGAAGCGGCUGUCUGAAGACUCGAAGUGCUAUCGGCUGCUGCAGACUUGGGCGAAUUUGUCGAACGCAGCCGGGUGCAAGCUGGAGCCGGAACGGUGUGAGGAGAAGGCGAAGGCGAAGGCGGAGGUUGCGACGGCGGUGGCGGUGGCGGCGGCGGAGAACCCGCUGGUGUUCCUGUGUAUGGGCUGUCGCCGGCCGGUGGGCGACUCGCUCACCUGGGUGGCCAGCCAGGAGGACACCAGCUGCAUCCUAUUGCGCAGCGUCUCCUCGAACGUCUCUGUGGAUAAGGAACAGAAGCUGUCCAAGUGCAGAGAGGAAGAGGGCUGCAUCCUUGAAAUGCUCAACUGCGCAAGCUGCUCGCUCAGCCUCGGCUAUGUGUACAGAUGCACUCCCAAGAGCCUAGAUUACAAGAGGGACUUGUUCUGCCUCAGCGUCGAAGCCAUCGAAAGUUAUGCCUUAGGUUCCUCUCAAAAGCAAAUCGUGCCAGAAGACAAGGAGCUGUUCAAUCUGGAAAGCAGAGUCGAAAUAGAGAAGUCUAUAAAGCAGAUUGAAGAUGUCCUGACUGCCCUGCAAGUGAAGCUAUGGGAGGUUGAAUCUAAACUGUCCUUGGCCACCUGAGCUGUGCCACUGUGCCCCACCCUGAUCCUAACAUUCUGUUUGUGUGCCUUUAAGAUAAGAGGUAACUGUUCCCCAUGAUUGAAUUAUAAAGCCAGUUUAUGAUAUGUGCUGGAAUGGGAUUUGGAUGUUUUAAUUUUAAUUUAAAAACUGGGUGAUUUUCUGUCUUUUUCUAUUAAAUUUGUUGAAUGUAUGUAUGUGUUUAUACGUAGGUAUAUAUGUAUGUAUUUUUCUAACAUUUAGAAACUUUGUUACUUUUAAUACUUUGAGUACUUAAAGGUAGAGAGAAAAAUCUUGUUUUUCUCAUCUACUUUGUAAUGUACCCUUGAAAAUUAGUUCUUAAGCCUUUCUGGAAAAAUUGUCAGGUGACUUGUUAGAAUGAGUUAGAUUUGUGUAGCAUAAAAUAUCAUUGUGUUACUCCCUGCGUAGAGUCUGGAGGAUACUCACCCAACAGUGCAAUCUCUGUGGUAAGAUUUUAGUGGAAAGUAUUAGAUUUUGAUUUUCUAUAAUGCAAUGCCUUUAUAAGGAAUAUAUUAAUUUUUUAAUAAGAGAAUAGAGAUUUUGAAAGUGUUUGAACGUUCA